UAAAAAUACAAAUAAAUAAAAAACACUUCAGUAACCUCACAGUAAGUCACACCCUACAAAAAACCCUGUUUCGCAAGAAUGUACUGUGAUCAGGAAGAAGGAAAUGAACUGUUGAGUUGCAUAUAAUCUCUGUCUCUGUGUUCAUACAGUAAAAUGGCAGAAGCCAGUAUUUCAGUGGAUCAGGACCAGUUCAUUUGUUCAGUGUGUCUGGAUCUCCUGCAGGAUCCAGUGACGGUUCCCUGUGGACACAAUUACUGUAAGAAAUGCAUCACAGAUGUCUGGGAUUUCGAUAAGAAGGGAAUCUACAGAUGUCCUUCAUGCAAACAGUCCUUCGCACCAAGACCUGGUUUAGGUAAGAACUUAGUGAUCGCUGAGAUGGUGGAGAAGCUGAAGAAGACGAGGAGCCAAGCUGCUCCUCCUGCUUCUGUUCACACUGGAUCUGGAGAUGUUCAGUGUGACUCCUGCACUGGGAUUAAACAGAAAGCAGUGAAAUCCUGUCUGGAGUGUCGAAGCUCUUACUGUCAGAAUCAUCUUGAUCAGCAUGAGAGUCUCUUCAGAGGUAAAGGACACGAUCUGAUGGACGUCACUGGACGACUGCAGGAGAUGAUGUGCUCUCGACAUGGUAAAAUACUGGAGAUUUACUGCCGUACUGACCAGAGAUGUAUCUGUAUGCUGUGUUUAGUGGACGAACACAAAAAUCAUGACACGGUAUCAACUUCAGCAGCGAGGACAGAGAAACAGAAACAUUUGGGGGAGACGCAGAUAAAACUUAACCAGAAAAUCCAGAAGAAAGAGAAAGACAUUCAGGAGCUGAGGGAAGCUGUGGCGUCUCAUAAGCGCUCUGCACAGACAGCAGUGGAGGACAGUGAGAAGAUCUUCACCGAGCUCGUCCGCUUCAUUGAGAAACGUCGCUCUGAGGUGAUGAAGAUGAUCAGAGAUCAGGAAAGAGCUGCAGUGAGUCGAGCCGAAAUCAAACUGGAGCGACUGGAGAAGGAGAUCAAUGAGCUGAAGAAGAGAGACGCUGAGCUGAAGCAGCUUUCACACACACAGGAUCAUGUUCAUUUCCUCCAGAGUUUGUCGUCUGCUUCAAUCUCUCUCUCUGGAUCUACAGACGGAUACAGUGUCAGUCCUCAUCUGACAUUCAGUGAUGUAGUGAACUCUGUCUCUCAGUUUAGAGACAAACUGCAGCAGUUCUGCAGAGAGGAGACAGAACAAAUGACCGAAACUGGUAGAUUUAUAUGCAUUCAUUCAUACUUAUUCAUUAAAUGUGAAUUUCCUCUUGACAUGAGAAUUAAUCUGCAAAUGUGUUUCGGUGUCUGUAGUGAAAACCAUCCAGGUCAUCAUUGCUCCUGAAUAUGAGUCCAGAGAGGAGUUUCUACAAUAUUUCCAUCCAUUCGUGUUGGAUUCGAACACAAUAUAUCCAAGUCUCCAUCUGUCUGAGAACAACACAGUGAUCACCUCCUCCAGCUGUAAUUACAGAUAUCCCAAUCAUCCCGA